UCUAACACGUUUCACGCCAUCUUGAUAUUACCCUCCUAGUUUGUCAAGUCGCACAACAAUUGAUAAGCACAGCAAGUGAUAAGCAAAACUGUUGCCACGGUGUCUGAAAUGAACGGUUCCCGCAACAAACCGUUACAAACAGUCAGCAAGGGGCAGACUGACGCAGACAGCGGCACGGAGAGCAGCCAUAAGGACAGAAAGAGCGGCGGAGGCAUGCUGAAGAAGCUGAAGUCGAGGCGCAGCCAAACGGAUAAGUGGCCUGCGGUCACAGAGGAUGAACUCCGGGCUCUAGGAAGAGAUAUUACCCCGGACCAUGUCCUGGGCCUCCGAGCUGUUACGGAAGACUAUCUUUGCAGACUUGAAGAUAAUAUCUACAAUGUUGACUUCACACGUUUCAAAAUCAGAGAUCUUGAGACAGGGACAGUCCUGUUUGAAAUUGCCAAACCUCCCAACAGCGGUCCUGUGGAGAAUGAAGAGGAGAGUGGAGAUGCUGACACGAGUGCAGGGCGUUUUGUCAGAUACCAGUUUACACCAGCCUUCCUAAAACUCCGCACAGUUGGUGCAACAGUGGAGUUCACAGUGGGUGACCGACCCAUUAACAGCUUCCGUAUGAUUGAGCGGCAUUACUUCCAGGGACGCCUUCUCAAGAACUUUGACUUUGACUUUGGCUUUUGCAUUCCUAACAGCCGCAACACAUGCGAACACAUUUAUGAGUUUCCGCAGCUUCCAGACGACCUCAUUCGCCAAAUGGUUGCACACCCUUAUGAGACCAGAUCAGACAGUUUCUACUUUGUGGAUAACAAACUCAUCAUGCACAACAAGGCAGACUAUGCCUACAACGGUGGUCUGUAAUACCUGAUGGGGAGAAAAGAAUGCAAUACCACCCAGGAGACAGAUUUCCUGGAUUGCACCCCUCAGUAAAUGGGGUGAAGGCAGAAAUUUUCUCUUCUUUUUUUUUUUUUUUAAACAGAAUGCAGCACCAUACUUAACGACAAAAAAAAAACCCAGACCAGACCAUAUCUGCCUUCAUGUGCAAUCACGGAUCCAUUCAUCAGUACCUCUAAGAGCUCAGUUUCUGGGACUCAGAGAGGAUGUUUAAUUCAGUAUUUCUGUUCUAUCUGACUGAAAGCUUUCUGUUCUCCAUUUGGGUUGUCAUACAUGUAUAAUGUAACUGCUUGAACACUUUUGCCUUAAUUUCCUGCUGUCUCUGCUGGAAAGGGACAUUUUGAGUUACAGAGCUCUUGUGGCAAUGCCUAUAGACUGUUAGUUGUAUUUCAUUUGAUUACAGAUGUUAAAAAAAAAAAAAAAUUUUUUUUUUUUUUUGAGCUAAACUACCUUUUGCAAGUGACAAUUGUGUUUCCUUUAUGGAAAAGCAAGCAUUAACUAGAUGAUUCUGUAUUAUUAUGUUAAUAGAUGUAGCGUUAAUAUUUCUGAGUUUGAUUCUUGAUCAGAUAUGAAUUGUGAGAAAUUGCUACUGUUUGUCAGCUAUUUAAGCUUGGUGUCCAUUUUAUGAAGUACAAGUUGACCAGCAUCUUCUCUGGUAGAUUAUCCUUUAAUUGAAGGAUGGCAUGCUACUUUUUUUUUUCUUUCUUUCUUUUUUUAUAAUUUCAGGUGUGAUUUUUUCAUUCUGCUAAGCUCUGUUACAUUUUUAUAACAAAUGCUUUUCCUUCUCUUAGUUCUAUCAAACUCUGGGAAAGCAGUAGAAUCUAGUUACUAGACUUUAAAUGUCUUUAUGUGCUGUCCACGUCCAGAAGUGUUUGUUCUGCCUUCUUUGCCCACUCCAAUGUGUAACUGCACACUUAAUUCAUCCUGGUUUAGUUUUCACAGCAGUGCUGUGAACCCCACUCUUUAGCAACUGAGUUUGGCCAAAAGUGCGGUAUACCUAUUGAACUGAGAGCACGUUCUUCUCCUUUGAGGCUAGGUUCUCAGUUUACUAAUGAAAUACCACAGUAGCACACAACUUGACAGUACAGAGGGACGUAACUUGGUAGUUGGAUCUAUUUUUAAUGCUGCACUAGGGUAGAUGCAGUCGUUGACCUGUUUAAUAGAGGAUACUGGUGACUGUGCAAUUUUAACCUGUUUAUUACAAAUUGUGUGAUUUUUAAAUUGUACACUAGUUUCCAUUGUGUACAUUUACAGUCUUAAUGCAAUACCAGCCCUGCUAGAAGGCCUACUUGUAGGAGAGGUGAUUUCCUGUGACGCUCUGAAUUGCAUAAUGCUGAAAAGUUGUCCAUAAUUUAUUCAGAACAGCUACAGUUAUGAGUUUGAAAUUGGGCUCCGUUUGCAGUGUGAUUAUCUAAUAUCGCUUCUUAGUUCCAUUUAUUUGUUUUUUAGAUUACUGAAAUGAAUGCCUGUAAGGCAGGUAAUAAUAAUGAAAACUCACAGUAAAGUGUAUUUGACAAUAUGCAUUUAAGUCAUACAUUUAUCAGGGCUUCCUCUUGUUGUACUGUUAUUGAUUCUAUGUGCCUUGAAUCCAUUUUUCAUUAUUUAAUGUGAGGAACCCAUCCACCUGUAGCAGUAAGCUGAAGGGAAGCAAAAUUACCUCAUGUUGCAUUCUUUUUCUUCAUUGAUGUAGCAUUACCAUGUAUAAAACAGGGUGUAUCCCUCUUUAGCUGUUGUACAUUUUUUACAGUGAGGAAGAGAAGUGACAACACAUUAUGUGGUCCAUUAGUACCCACGACAGGUGGGAUAUAUUAAGCACACUUUUUUUUUUUUUAAACAACUGUGCCCUCUUUUUUUUUUUUUUUUUUUUUGUAAGUUGGACUUUAUGGACUCCUUCUGUCACCUGUUGCAUGGUCACCAGUUUUUAUAUUGACUAGUUUUACAAAUGAUGUUUAUGUAUGAUCCAAUUUGAUGUAAAUAAAAAGAAAAGGUGAAUGAA